CACCGUUAACGACGCCAUUACAGCUCCCGUGGCAAUCUAGAGAUUCUUAAUCGUUCCCAGGAACAAGUUUUGCCACGUAGAGAGAGUGGGCGAGGUGGAAAAACAUUAAAUACGAAGCGCGAUUAGAUUCAUAGGACACAUCCCCUCCUCUGUACAUCCGUAAUCAUCGUUUCGCGAAAUAUUGCACGCGAAUAAUGCCACCGAAUAAACGAACGUGCAGACAGGAGAAAGAGAGAGAGAGAAAAAAUUAGCAUUAAUAACCGCGGCCGAUGUUAAAAUAAGCGAGCGGCGUGUAAAAACGGGAACGCGAAAUCGAUUGUGGUGGUGAACCGGCGUGGCGUGUAGCGCGUCGCUUCGAGGUCUAGCCCAAAGGACUCGGAACGACUUAAUAAUGAAAUUUCGCCGGACGAUAAACGUUAAUGCCCGGUAAUGCUGGUCGAAUCUCCAUCCAAGUUCGUGUUCGAUUCGACGUUCCGGUUAUCUCGUCCGGCUGAUCUCUCUCUUUUGUAUUUCUCGGUUUAGCGGUAUACUGCCUGCUUACCUACCUACCUACCUACCUACCUACCUACCUACCUACCUACCUACCUACCUACCUACCUACCUACCCUACCCUACCUAACCUACCUACCUACCUACCUACCUACCUACCUACCUACCCACUCGAGAAUCUAGAAGGAAGCGCGUCAACUCGUGUAACGCGAUCGUUAUUCGCCUCGUUCCGUCGAUCCUUUCCCGUUCGAACGACAUCCUUCGAACGGCCGGGUGGUGACAGGAUUCUGGGUGGUCGAGCGUCGGUCGUGGCAAAAGGAAGCUGACGUCAGUAGCUCGGUCAUAUUUCUUCUUGCCUUAAGAUCGUGGAACGUGGGGGACCACCUCUCGGCUCACGCUCUUGGCCCCCACGGUUUUUAAACUCCUUCCGUUGUCCGGAAAGCUUCCGGUAGCGCCGCGCUCCGCUCCUCUCCGCCCAACCAUUUCUACCUUCCUCCUCCUCCUCUUCUUUUUCUUCCUCUUUUUCUUCCAAGGUUGCGCGUAUAACAAGGGCGUAACGCGUCGCGUGUACGACGCGUUAUACAACGUUAAUUAACGUACACACACAGAUACGUAUACAAACAUGUUUUUAUGGAACGUAGCCGCUAGUUAAUAUCGCAUCCGUUCGAUACCCGACCAUUAUCGUUACGCGACGCCUUUAUUCGGACGAUUCACCGUCGAUAUUCUCUUCGUCGAAUAAACAGCGGGAGAGAGAGAGAGAGAGAGAGAGAGGGAUCGGAGAUGAAAACCGCGAAUGCGUGCGAUGUCGUGAGAGAACGUCGUGGAAAGUGUUGGGAGCACGCAACACGCGCCCGCUCGAGGUGUUAAUUUUACGACGAUCGAGGUGAAACGUUUGCUUCGUUUCGCGAAAACCCAACGUUUUUUCGAGACUUCAAUAAGGAAAUUCGCGCAGAUGCUAUUCCUUUCUUUUCUCCUCUCUCUCUCUCUCUCUCUCUCUCGUUUCGAAUUAUUGUUACUCGUCGAAGGAAGAUAAAGAUAAAGAGAGAAAGAGAGAGAGAGCAGGGUGUAUGCGUGCGCGACAAGUGGCCGCGUGAGUGCGUACAUGCACGCAGAUGCGAUGAUGCACGCAACCGGUAAGAAACGCACGCGAUGCGCUCACCUUCCUUUUUAACGCGCUUCGCUCUCCCCCCUCCCCUCUUUUGCUCUUCCUCUUUCUCGCCCGUCCGUUUAUCGCUUUCCCCGAAAUUCCUUCCUUCCCUUUCCGCUUCCAUUCGAUUCGAUCUCUCGAUCGCGAUUUUCUCUCUCUCUCUCUCUUUGUUCGAAAAGAAGAGAGGGAGAUGAAGGAGGAGAGAAAGUAAUUGGCCGAACGCUAUAUCUGUCAAAUACGUCGUCGAAAAUUUGACGAAAAACCGGUUUGGGCACGCGCUCGGAAACAUUCGUUCCUACGACUUUGAACGCGUGAAUCGGAAACGAUAUCCGAAAAUACCUUUAAAACGGUAAUCGAGGGUUAAAGGGUCUCUCUCUCUCUCUUUCUCUCGAGCGAUAUUUUUCUCUAUUUUUUCCAACCAAUCGACCGACGGAUCCAAGAAAGGCAAAAAAGAAUAUAUCCGGUUAAAAUAUCCAAGUUCGAAAGUUCCGUUACGCGAAUCGUGACGCGAUUUAAUCGAAACGCGUUCUUCUGUCGACGAACGUGCAAGAGAAUCGGAGAUAUUACGGCGUUUGGAAAGAGAGAGGGAGAAGGCGCGAGACGCGAUAACUUUCUCGGCCGGUAAUUUUUUCCCUUUCCUUCUCUUUCUUUCCUUCCUUCCUUCCUUCUUCCCUCUUUUUUCUUUCCUCUUUCCCUCCGGUUUCCUCGUUGGGGACACGUGUGCGCGUAAACGCGCACGGGUAUCACUCGCGGAUCCAAUUUGAGAUACGGGGCCGGAAGACGCAUUGUUCGCGGGGAAUAGUACAAAUUAACAGAUCGGUAUCGUGACGGGUGCAAUUAACAUUGUGUACACUGUAGCCGCGGUGGAUCGGCUUUCUUGAAAUCUGACGGUUUAAUUAGGCGCCACCUUCGCGGCAGAUGCUCGCUCGCUCGUUCGCUUCGAUUAAUUACCCCCUCCCUCUCCCCCCACUCGCCUCUCCCCUAUCGUCUCGCUUCAUCUCGCCUCGAGAUCGACACGGAGGGACAUCGACGAGGGCAUCGCCGGUGAACAUCGUUGCGACGGCUACCGUGGUGACGGACGAGGCGUUACUCGGCGACGACGAGGUGGACAACUGCGAGGGGGAGAGCGAGGGUACGGAGAAAUCGACCCAGGAGGAGGACGAGGAGGUGGACGUGGACGUGGAGGAGUGCAGCAGCGUGGACGAGGGGCCGAUCCACGAGUCGGUUUCGGCCAGCGCUGCGGCGGCGGCGGCGGCGGCGGCCGCCAAGUGCCAACAGGACGGCAACUCGGACGAGAGGAGGACGGCGCAUCGGUUGAGGACCAGUUGCAACUCGGACGAGCUUCGGGACGUCGAGUGCCACCUCGAGACCAAGGAGCUGUGGGACAAGUUCAACGAUCUCGGCACCGAGAUGAUCAUCACGAAAACCGGCAGGCGGAUGUUCCCCACUUGCCGGGUGUCGUUCAACGGAUUGAAAUCGGAGGGGAGGUACGCGGUGUUGAUGGACAUUGUCCCGGUGGACAACAAGCGAUACCGUUACGCGUAUCACCGAAGCUGUUGGCUGGUCGCCGGGAAAGCGGAUCCACCGGCGCCCCCCCGCCUCUACGUCCACCCCGACUCCCCGUUCACCGGGGACCAGCUACGAAAGCAGGUGGUCUCGUUCGAGAAGGUGAAAUUGACCAACAACGACAUGGACAAGCACGGCCAGAUCGUUCUCAACUCGAUGCACAGAUAUCAACCGAGGAUACAUUUAGUACGGUGUCGACAAACGGACGACAACAAUCUUCGCAUAACCGAGCUUCAGAAGGAGGAGCACAAGACGUUCGUAUUCCCCGAGGCGAUUUUCACCGCUGUGACUGCCUACCAGAAUCAAUUGAUAACCAAGUUGAAGAUCGACAGUAACCCGUUCGCCAAAGGUUUUCGAGACUCGUCCAGGCUGACGGAUUUCGAUCGGGAUCCGAUGGAGUUGAUGGAGCAACAAUUGGUGAGGUGCGGGGUGGCCCCGGUCAGGUUGUACGAGCACCUCGCGAUGUCGUCCCCGGCGGCUGCUGCCGCGGCGGCGGCGGCCGCGGCCGCCGCCGCCGCCGCCGCUCUCGGCGCUCAACAGCAGCAGCAGCAACAGCAACAGCAACAACAACAAUCUCAACAGCAACAGCAACAACAGCAACAGCAGCAACAGCAGCAACAGCAGUCGCAGCACGAGACGACGGCGCUGCCUCCGUGGAUGACACCGUCGACGGCUCUCCUUUACGGAACGAGGCCCGCGACGGGGUCCUCCCCGUCCCCGUACCCCGCCUCGCCGGCCGCGGCGCCCUUCCCCUACCCCGCGGCCCUCCCGUGGCCCUGGCAGCCACCCGUCGCCAUCAUCUCCCGCCGAUCCUCCCCCCCGACCGCCUCCCUCAGGUACGCUCCGUAUCCUCCGCCGGCGACCACCCCCCCGCCCCUCAGGCCCCGUCCCUCCACCCCUAAUUAGCGAUCGAGAGAGAUUGAACCAAAGAGAAACCACCCGACCAUCCCUCUCGCCGACUCCGCCACGAAUUAGCUUCUCCUUUCCUUUCCUUUCCUUUUCUCUUCGUUGGAGAAAGAAGGAGGAUCGUUUCUUCCUCCCUCCCUCCCCGCUUUCCGGAUGAAUGUAAUCGUCUCCCUUGUGUCACAUUAUUCGUGAAGGGAGGGAGGGAGGGAGGGAAAACGCAUCGAAAGAGAAAAUUGUAAAUAAAAAGAGACGUGUGUGCGAAUGUAAUAAAGAUAAAAGAAAGGAAGGAAGGAAGGAAGGAAGAAGAGAUCGAUCGUAGCUGUAAUAUAUACGAUACCACGAUAGUAUUAUAUACGCGUGCGUAAUAUUCCUUCUACUCUCUGAAGAGAACGCACAGUGGUCUUUGUACAUAAAAUCUUUUAUGGUAGCGAGUAGCUUUAACGGCCGUAUCGUUCAUCACCAUGUAGCACGGAUAUAAAUAAACGGAAUUUUCAUUAACA